AUGACAGUAUCCAGCGCCGCGCCGAAGACCGUACCAAAGCGCUUGUUUUCCACCGAGUCUCCUCGGCUGGAAGACUUCAUAAAAAUCUGUUCCCAGAGAACCGACAAGACCACAUAUCCUCUGGCAGCGUCGGUGGAGAAGAACAUUCCCAUCUACGAUGCCUCUACCCUAGAUCCUCUAGACGCUCGCCUGGCCGACGACCUUCAAGAUGAAUGGCACCACAUCCUCAACGCAGGACCUGGAAUCUUCGUGCUCAAGGGCAUGUACCACCCCAGCCAAUACGAGUCCACCCUCACAUCCACCAGCGCCGCCUUCCAGCGCAUCGUCGACCAGGAACGUCAGUCCUCCACCACGGUCAAGGGCGACCAUUUCGCCGCCAGCGGCAAAAACGACCGCAUCUGGAACUCCUUCAGCAAGCACGCCACCGAGGACCCGGCCUCGUUCAUCGACUACUACUCCAACCCCUGGCUCCGUCUCGUCAGCGAGAGCUGGCUGGGUCCCGCCUACCGGGUCACCGCGCAAGUCAACGUUGUCAAGCCCGGCGGCGCCGCCCAGGAAAGCCACCGCGACUACCACCUGGGCUUCCAGGAGCUGGACCGCUGCGCCGCCUUCCCGCGCAGUAUCCAGCUCACGAGUCAGUGCCUCACGCUCCAGGGCGCCGUGGCGCACAGCGACAUGCCCCCGCAGAGCGGGCCAACGCGAUUCCUCCCCUUCAGCCAGACCUACGAGGUGGGGUAUCUAGCCUGGCGCCGGGACGAGUUCCGGACGUAUUUCAAAGCCAAUUACACGGCGUUACCGCUGGCGCUGGGCGACGGGUUAUUUUUCAACCCGGCGGUGUUCCACGCCGCGGGGGCAAAUGAGAUGGAGCCCGAUAACAACCCUGGUGGCGGGUUCCAUCGCAAGGCAAACCUGCUGCAGAUUAGCAGCGGGCUGGGCAAGACGAUGGAGACCAUCGACACGGUCCCGAUCGUGGAUCGGUGCUGGGACGGCCUGGUCGAGCGGUAUCGAGCAGCGGGGAACACGCUGGACGCGCCGCUGGAGGCGUUUGUCCUGGCGGUUGCGGAUGGGUAUCCGUUUCCGACGAAUCUAGACCGUUGGCCGCCGACGCCCAGUGGGAUGGCGCCAGAGAGCGAGCAGGAGAUCGUGCGUCGGGGCUUGAAGGAAGGAUGGGGACGAGAGCAAGCGGUGGAGGAAUUGAGACGGAUGCAAGCGGACUCCUGCGCUUGA